AUGAAACAAGCGGGGAAGAACGAGCCCGAGCCGGAGCAGCCCGUCCCGAGGAAGGUGGCCAUACGGUCGCUGGCCGCGGCCGAGGAGAUCGACCCGGACGUCUUGGAGAGCAUGCACUCGCUCGGCUGCUUCAGAGACAAGGAGAAGCUCCUCAAAGACAUGCUGUCGGAGGAAGAAAACCAGGAGAAGAUGAUCUACUUCCUGCUGCUGGACCGAAAGGAGAGGUAUCCCAGUCAGGAGGACCAGAACCUGCCGGCACGCACCGAGAUCGCAGACCCUCCGAGGAAGCGCGUGGAUUCCCCGAUGCUGAGCCGGCACGGUAAACGGAGGCCGGAGAGGAAGUCCAUGGAGGUGCUGUGCGUCAUGGAGGGGGGGUCCCCGGUCCCCGUACGAAGAGCCAUCGACAUGGCAACCCACGGCCAGAGCAAAUCUGUGUUCAGUAAAAGCUUGGAUAUCACAAACGCUAACUGCAGCAAGGAGGAAAGUACGCCCCCACACCCUCGCCUGUUCCCAUUCACAUUUAAUGGACCCCUUUGA